AGGGCACAGGUAAUAUAAAAAGCGAAAACUCCAUAGCCAUACGGUUUUUAGGGCUUAAACGAAGAAAAUUGAAGCCGGAGAAGAGGGCUCUUCACACCUGUACUGUCUUAUCCAAAUCCUCAAUCAAUAAACGAUGGAUCGGUACCAGAAAGUUGAGAAGCCUAGAGCAGAGCAACCCAUUAAUGAGAACGAGAUACGUAUUACCAGCCAGGGGAGAAUGCGAAGCUAUAUCACAUAUGCCAUGACUUUGCUUCAGGAAAAAGGCUCAUCAGAGAUUGUGUUCAAAGCUAUGGGUAGAGCUAUCAACAAGACUGUCACAAUUGUCGAACUAAUAAAGAGGCGAAUAGUUGGUCUCCAUCAAAAUACCUCCAUCGGAUCCACAGACAUAACUGACACAUGGGAACCUUUAGAAGAAGGAUUACUCCCCUUGGAGACGACGAGACAUGUUUCGAUGAUCACUAUUACUCUCUCCAAGGAGGAGUUAAACACAUCAUCUAUCGGGUAUCAGCCGCCAUUACCAGCUGACCAGGUGAAGGUGUCCACUGAAUUUGAAUAUGAAGGAGAGGGAUCACCAACUGCAAGGGGUAGGGGUCGUGGCGGCAGGGGGCGCGGAAGGGGUAGGUCUCGGCCCGCUCCAGGAAACGGUUAUGCACAAGAGGAGUAUGAUGAUGGCGGUUGGGAUGGCCCUGGUGGUUAUCCACGUGGAAGAGGUCGAGGAAGAGGCCGCAGCUUCCGUGGCCGUGGAAGGGGAAAUUACAACAACGCCCCUUACAUGGAUGGUCAGCAAGAUACGGGAGGAUACAAUCAAGAAUCUCCUAGGGGCAGGGGUCGUAAUUUCCGUGGUCGUGGAAGGGGAGGUUACAACAAUGGAUCUUACAUGGAUAAUCAGCAAGACGUUGGGGGUUACAACCAAGAAUCUCCCAGGGGUAGGGGUCGUAAUUUCCGUGGUCGUGGAAGGGGUGGUUAUAAUAACGAACCGUAUAUGGAUACUCAACAAGAUGCCAGAGGUUACAAUCAAGAAUUUCCUAUGCAAGGGCGAGGGCGUGGUCGUGGGAGGGGAACUCGUGGAAGGGGUCGUGGUGGGUUCAGAUCGAACAGGGCAAACCAGGGGGCAGAAGGCAACGAGUGAAGUUUUCUCUUGGUGGUUUGAAGUGUUUUUCAUGAAUGUUUGGUUGCAGCAUCUCUCUAUGUUUUGUUUGAUUUUUUCAGUUUGAGAUAAUUGACUUAGGAUCAUCAGUUUGUACUAAAGGUGUAGACUAAGUUUAAGUAGUGAGUUUUGAGUUUUCUUCUUAUUUCUUAAUUAAUGUUACUUUAUUGUUUCAGAAAAAUAAUUUGCUGUAA